AUGGGGAAACAGCAACAGCAAAUAACUCACACCAAAUACACAAUUACACAAGUCACACCAAUCGCCAUGCUGUGGGGGAUCCUUUUGCUAUUGAUUGCGCAUGACCGGGUUGGGUGGGAUGCUGUUGUUGCGCAAGGUCCAUUGCAAGUCGCACUAACACCAAUAGAUGACUGGAAAUCGUCAUCUCAGUCAUCGCAGGCCAUGGCAUCUCCCGGUAAAACCGAAGAUAUGGUUGGAAAAAGCGUAGUUGUGAACUGGAAGCUGACCUGCCAACAACUCUGCAGAUCCGGAUACGGCGGGCCAGCCUGCGGGCUAACCUGCUUAGAGCGGGUGAAUGCCAGCAAAGAUUCUAUUAUUAAUCUAACCAGAGAAGUUGAGUACAAAGUUUGCCCAACGCUUUGUGGACAAGAUCUUGGAAUAAAAAAGUGUGCCUGUGAGCCGGAAACCCGUCCAAAUGCUGACCACGAUCGCAACAAAGUUUGCAGCAUGUUCUGCGCGGUUGCCAAAAUCCAGCUGAACGGUUGCAGCCGAUGCGGCGGUGAUCAGCUUUCCGAUCCAGCCACCGAUUCCAGUGUCCAAACAACAACGCCGAAUUGGGAUGAACUUUGUACGGUUUGGUGUAAAAUGGGUGAAGGCGGGACAUUAUGCAAUUGUGAUCUACCACCUUUUAUUUAG